AUGUGAACAUCACAGGUGGGGCUUGGGAAAGGGUGGUCUGAAGACCAUUCUCUUCAGUGACUUCAGAGAGGACCAUCAGGGACAUGAAGGACACCAGAGAAGGUGAUCAGAAGAGCCAGAAAUCGAUUGGCAGAUACAGCUUUGCCACAUGUGCGUUGUUGAAGAUGUGACCACCAUUGGAUCCAUAAGUUGUCCCCAGGUCACAAGAAUGCACUCCUGUCUCUCAUGGUGGGUUGUAAGCACGUACAGGGCCAAGAACUGUGGACAGCGACAGUGGGUGAUCUUGGGAAUGAACUUUGCAUUUUAGCGGUCUCAGAGUUGUCUUGUAGACCUCCUGGAUGAGGUUGAACUGGAGCUUAGCUAAGAAGAAACCUCCUAGGUUUUAGUCCAUUCUCCACCUUUUUAAAAAAGUGAAAAUAUCAGUCUCAUAUGCUUGUGAGGCCUGAAUAGGAUCUCUUGAGGAUCUGCAUUUACUACACAGUUGUUAAGGAGAGUCAUCUCUCUCUCAACCCUCAUUGCUUUUUAUAUUUUGGGUAAAUUAUCUGUAACCUUUGAGUCUCAUUUUCUUCACCUGUAUGAUGUGGACAUAAACCUAUCAUAUAAGACUGUUGAAAGCAUGAAAAUACCAGAAUCAGUUAAAGGUUUUUUCAGGACCUUUGGAUGGAAAAUCCCAAGGAGAGAUUUUAUGUUGUGCAUUUGGAUGGUAUGGAAAGAUGAACACACACACAGUCAGCGCCAGCCUGUGCGAAUGUCAUGAUGUGGUGAUGAGAUACAUUGCCUCUGGAUCUGACAAACCUUCACUGGGCCACCAGCCUCCUUGUGUGCUGUGAUGUUGAACAGGUCUACAGGGUUUUCUGGCCUCAGUUUCUGCAUCUGCUUAAUGAGAGUAAUAAUGCUGAAAUCAGAACUUUGUUGAGGAUUAAAUCAGUUCUGUAGGACAGAAGUCUGAAAAGUCAAGAUGUCAACAAGGCUGUAUUCCAUCCUGGAGGCUCCACAGAAGAAUCGAGUUCCUUGCCUUUUCCAGCUUCUAGAAACUGCCCACAUCACCUGAUGAGUGACUCCCUCACUCUGCCUUCAAUGCCAGCAAUGAUGGGGUCAGAGAGAAGAGAUCAUGAGGGCUGCAGUGGGAUGAGGUGUAAACUGAAGAUGAGGAGCUAGUGCCUAUAAGGAAACUGAGGUGAAGGAAUUUGUCCCAAAUGAAGCAGCUGCCCAGAGUGUCAUGGGAGAAACAUGAGGGGGCUGUGCUUGGCUGAGAAGCAGACUUGCAGCUGAGUAGCAGAUGUGGUGCAGACCAGUUUCUGGAGAAAGUGGGAAGGCGAGAACAGCAUUUGGAUCUGGAGGUGAGCUUCGCCUUCAGUAUAAGGCCCUUGUGAUGCCCAUGGAUUUGGGAAGGGAGAAAUACAUCAAGGACCAUGACACUUACAAGCUGUCUCUACAGAACAACUAAUUGCAACAAAACAGAAAAAACAAGACUUGCUGGGUUCUGAGGAUUUGGAUUCUGGACUUGCAGUAUGGUAAAUAAUAAGCCAUCUUGUAUAUAAGUAGACCCAAAUCAAUGGAAAGAGUCAACCAAACCAGCAGUGUUUCUGAGUUCAUCCUCCUGGGACUCUCCUCCCGGCCUGGGGACCAGAAACCACUCUUUAUCCUCUUCCUCACCAUGUACCUGGUCACCAUAACAGGGAACCUGCUCAUCAUCCUUGCCAUCCAUUCUGACCCCCAGCUCCAGACCCCCAUGUAUUUCUUCCUGAGUUUCCUGUCCUUCACUGAUAUUUGCUUUACAACAACCAUUGUCCCCAGGAUGCUACUGAGCUUCCUGUCAGAGAAGACCAUCUCCUAUGCUGGGUGUCUGACACAGAUGUAUUUUAUUUAUGCUCUGGGCAACACUGACAGCUUCUUCCUGGCGGUCAUGGCCCUUGACCGCUAUGUGGCCAUCUGUGACCCCUUCCACUAUGUCACCACCAUGAACCACGACCGCUGUGUCCUGCUCGUGGCCUUUUCCUGCUCACUUCCUCACCUCCACUCACUCCUACACACACUGCUACUGAAUCGUCUCACCUUCUGUGAUAACAAUGUUAUCCAUCACUUCCUCUGUGACCUCAGUCCCCUGAUGAAAUUGUCCUGCUCCUCCACAUUUCUCAAUGAAAUUGUGAUAAUGUCAGAAGGUUCUGUUGUUUUGGUGACCCCCUUUGUGUGCAUCACCUUCUCUUAUAUACGAAUCCUCAUCACAGUUCUCAAGAUCCCCUCAGCUGCUGGGAAACGCAAAGCCUUCUCCACCUGUGGCUCUCACCUCACUGUGGUAACCCUAUUUUAUGGAAGCAUCUUCUACGUCUAUUUACAGCCCCUGUCCACCUACACUGCCAGGGACCACAUAGCAACACUUGUCUACACAGUUCUUACCUCCAUGCUGAACCCUUUUAUCUAUAGCCUGAGAAACAAAGACCUGAAACAGGGCCUGAGGAAGCUGAUGGGCAGGAGGAAAUCCCAGGCAGCACCCUCUUGACAAACCCACAAGUGGAAUCUGCUUCACUUGAAUCUAAUAUCUGCUAGAUCUUGGUGAACAACUGAACUGUUGGAGAUGAGCUUUUUUAACCCACGUGAGACAAGGCUGUUGUGGAUGCUCACAUGCAUUGAUGACAGCCCACCAAUUGUCCCCUUCUCUGCUAAAAUCAUGAUACUCUUCCUCACCAUUCCUCCAUUUCCCCAUGGAGACUCAUCACCUCAUCCUCCAAAUACUGCUUGAAACUAAUUCUCUUCCCACAAAUAUUUCCUGAACAAAUUGCUCUCCUUUUAUUGAGACUUACCCUCCAAAACCCUUCACAUGGCAGCCUAUUGCUGGAAAUGAUUACUGAAUUUGUAGCUUUUGAAUGUCUUUGCAGACAUUUCAUGUGGAAAAGAAUGGAGGCAGAGAAGGAAGGGAAGGAGGAGAAUUACAUUUUAGCAACUUUUCUCAUUGUGAGGAUUUUUAUAAUUCCCCAUUUUUCUCGGUCAAAAAACGUUUCCUUCCUUAAAAAUUUUUACCCUUACUCCUCUCUUAAAUUUUUUUAAAUCUCUAUUUUCAAGAGAGAGACAGAGUGUGAGCAGGGGAGGAGCAGGGAGAGAGGGAGACACAGAAUCUGAAGCAGCCUCCAGGCCCUGAGCUGUCAGCACAGAGCCUCAAGUGGGGCUUGAACUCAUGAACCAUGAGAUCAUGACGUGAGCCGAAGUCAGACACUCAACCGACUGAACACCCAGGUGCCCCACUUUUACUCCUCUCUUAAAUUUAUAUCCUUAUUAAAUUGUUGUGCUUUUGUUCUGUUUAGUUUCCUGGGUUGUUUUUUUUUUUUACCAUACAAUUUAAAAAAUGGGAAUGGCCAGAAAGAACAAGAACCAAGAGCAAUUACUUGAAAGUUAUUCAUUCCACAGCGGGGAGAUUGGGACAUUUCUUAUUCCCAUUUAUCUUCGAAGGUAUAUGUUUAAAAAUAUGUGAUUGAAUGCUUCAUUCUAGAAAUUCCCACUCUGAGGAGUCUAAUCUAUGGAAAUAUUGUCAUAAAUAUAUAUUGGAUAUUGAGAUUUUUUCAGUCAUUCCCAGAUUAUAACAGAUAAAAAUUCAGAACAACCUAAAAUCCUACCAAUAAAGAAUAGAGAAAUUAAUUAUGGUUAAUCACAUAGAAUGUAAGAAUAUGCAGCAGGUUGAAAGAAUAAAAUGGAUGUCUAUUACUUCUUUUUUUUUACUUUUUUCAGUAUAUGAAAUUUAUUGUCACAUUGGUUACCAUAAAACACCCAGUGCUCAUCCCAAAAGGUGCCCUCCUCAAUACCCAUCACCCACCCUCCCCUCCCUCCCACCCCCCAUCACCCCUCAGUUUGUUCUCAGUUUUUAAGAGUCUCUUAUGCUUUGGCUCUCUCCCAUUCUAACCUCUUUUUUUUUCCUUCCCCUCCCCCAUGGGUUUCUGUUAAGUUUCUCAGGAUCCACAUAAGAGUGAAAACAUAUGGUAUCUGUCUUUCUCUGUAUGGCUUAUUUCACUUAGCAUCACACUCUCCAGUUCCAUCCACGUUGCUACAAAGGGCCAUAUUUCAUUCUU